UUUAAUCGGCUCGAAAGCGCGCAAGGCUCAGGGAGUUCUCUCGCUCUCCUCUACUUUCUCCGGCUCGGCUCUCACCCCAGCCUACAAAGUCUCUCUUCGCCCACGAAAAGAAUGAUCUGUGCAGGUCUUCCCGUCAUUGUCAUAGUCAGUCUAGGAAGCCGCUCGCCUUCGCGCUAUCAAUCCAGUAUACCGCAGUCCAGUUAUCACAGCAGUUCGCGUAGUUUCGCCUACAGAACUUUGGGCCGCGACUAGGCCUCCUGACAUCUCAUCAUCGGAACUGUGAAUUUCUGUGCAUACCGUCUUACACUCGAUCUCUCAACCGAGUGCCUGGUGCGCGUCAUCCGCGAGAAACAAAAGACGAGAAGAGGUCGUGUGCGUGCCGGCUAGAAGAGCCGCUCCCGCGCUUCUUCUCUUACCACUGCUACGGACCUUCGUCUCUUCUGCGAGAGAUUGCUGCUGCCAGCGGCAUUCCUGCAGACGCCCACUUUCCUACCACUCGCGUGUGUACUUUGACUGAAUAAAAAAGUGCCUGCGCCCGACAGUGACAGUUUGAAGCCACGAGCCUUCAACAAUCCUUUUCAAAUUUGGACCCUCUGUUGUUUUCGUCACAACUGUUUACAUGUUUUCGUUUAGAAUGCCAAUUCCCGCAUGGGACGCAUAUACAUGCGAGCCCCAGGAAAUCGUCACGCUCGUUUCCGACGACAUCUGGAAAAAGUUCGACCUGGACAAUCCCGAAUACUCGUACGGUAGCCCCCCCAAGGAUGAGCCAGCGUCCACCCCGACCACGAUGACUGUGUCGUCGUCGCCAUACUACGAGGCUCCGAUAGUGAAGGUCGACAAAUUCGACUACCAGAACGUCUUCACCGACAUACGCCACCACGACUGCAUGUGGACUGGACUGUGCAUCAAUAAGGAACAUGGCCGCGAGGAUUCCGACCAGGAGAUGCAGAUUCAGACCAUGGUACCGGCUGGGCGGAGCCUCCUCAUAGCCAAGAACUUGCAGCAGCAGCAAGUGCAAAAGACCUGCUAUUUCCAUCACACGUACGACGGCAACCACUGGCACAGCAACGUCUCGUCGACGGUGGUCGCCGUUAAGCAGCUAGAGAGCGACGGCGACUCGGCGCGACCCGACACGCCGCAGACCAGCCACGGGAGUGAAAGCGAGGAGAACAUCGAGGGCGAAGAGAACGAGGAGGAGGAGGAGGAAGAGGAGGAGGAGGAGGAGGAGAGGUUCGAGGAGGCCGAGGAUGACGAAGACGAGGUGCUGAUGUUCAAGCACGAUCAGAUCAGCAUCAACGACAUCGUGUCGGUGAGCGAGGUGACUGGGCAAUACCUGCAGAGGAGAGACACCACCGUCAUCACCACCACAACUACUACGACCACCACCACCACCACUACCACCAACACCACCACCACCGACUUGUACGACAGGAGGAUAGAGGAGCGGAUCAACAACAUGAGAAACACCCUGAUGAGCGAUCACUGCUACCACCUCAGUCAGCAGCAGGCGCCCGUCGUUAAGAACAAGGCCUACGACAACCUUGGCGUGCAGACACCCUCGGAAUCUGAGGAGGAGAUCGACGUGGUGUCGUGGGACAAACCCACGAAACCAAAUAAUACACCGACAGCUGCGCAAAGCUACUUCAACCAGGUCGAGCAGCAGCGCGUGAAGAUCACAGUCAGCGCGACUCCGAAGGGCCGUCAAAGAAGGAAUAAGCAGACUCAAGGCGCCGCGCAGCAGUCGACAACCGCGCCGGCGACGUUCGCCACUCCGGCGCCCAGACCCAGAGGCCGGCCGCCCAGCAGUGCCACGAUAGCCUCGAGGAAGCGCGCCGCCGCCGCCGCCGCUGCCGCCGCCGCCGCCAUGGAGCAGGCACAAGUCAACGAGGAGGGCCCCACGGCCAACAAGCGACUCAAGCUGGAGCAGCAGAAGCCGCAGCCGCAGCCACAGCGGAAGCGCGCGUACAUCAGGCGGCAGCCCGUCGUCAGUCGGUGCUCGCCGACGUCGCCGAACGCGCGGGCCACCUCCAGGGCCAGCCUGCGGGCGUUCUCCUCGUCGGAUUCCGAAUCCGAGGACAAGCGCUCCCUGCACAACAACAUGGAGCGCCAGAGGCGGAUAGACUUGAGGAACAACUUCGACGACCUGCGCGUGCUGGUACCCUCGAUACAGGACAAGCACAAGGCAGCCAAAGUCACCAUCCUCAGGCAGUCCGCUGCCUUCUGUGAUAAGCUGGUUGCUCAGGAGCAGAACUACCUCAGGAGGGUCGCCGAGCUGCAGGCAAAGCAGGAAAUCCUCAAGGCCCAGCUGGGUCACCUGCGGCGCAGCCUCGCCAUGAUGCGCUGAGCGACCAGCAGCUCUGCGCCCCUGCUCCCGGCACCCCCGCAACAACAGUGAUUAUCGUUCAUUAUAGCUCGCGGCUGGACCGCCCACAGCCUACUGUACUUCCAGCUCUGUCCCAGGGCUGGACUUGCUCGUUCCUCACUUUCGCCGCUUAUCUCGCAUUCUCCUAACCCUGCUCCGUGGAUAUCGUAAGCAUCAAUCCGGUAGCAGCCAAGUCCGCAACGGCAGUCCACCCGCGCUGGAUGCAUGCUUACGCUGGGUUUCCUUCAAGCCCCCCCCCCCCCCGUCUUCUUCACCACUUUGCAAUGUUUACCCCUUUGAAAGAAAACGAAGCAUGUUAUUCAUGUGUAUUCAGAUGUACAAAAGCUAUUAGAUGAUCGCAUAGAUAGCGUAGCCACGCGGACGAGUGAUGAUCCUUUCAGGAAAACGCGCGAAGCGUUGGAUAGACUGCUGGUCGUGGAGAUGCGUCUCCGCGCGACCUCGGACGCUUCCUAUGCACGUACACACACGCGCACUCAUACACGCGCGCGCGCACGCACGCAUGCACGCAUACACACACAAAUACACGCACACACAAACACACACACACAUACGCGCGCGCUCUGUUUUUUACCGCGCCUGGCGCGACACACUUGUGUGAUAUAAUACUACUAAAGAAGUAUAUGAUUAUCUCGAAACUGCUAUAUAUCGUUUGUUUUAGUGAGUAAGAUGGAAAAAAAAAUGUUUUUUUUCUAGCGCCAUACGUUAGCGUGUCUCGCGAGUGUAUCGGGCGUGAGAUUCGUUUACAGAUAGCAAAAACCAGUAGUUAAAUUGAAAAUAGCAUGUGAAGAUAUAUUCAUUGCAGAUAUAUAUUAUUGCGUGCUCGGAAUGACUGCGUUUUUAUACGCAACUCAGUUUUCCACCGACUCUGCUCUCGAAAAAACGACGUGCACGCAUACAGCAAGACUAUAUAUUUUUUGAAACACAUACACGCAACGUGGAGCGUUUUGAAAAGAAG